AUGGGCAUCAUCCAGGACAACAACCUGCCCCUAGAUGACUUCAUGAAGCAGAGCCGGGGCAUGUUGCUGCUCUACAGCAUGAAGAACCCCAGCUUCCCCGAGUAUAUCUUCAGCAGUGAGAGUGGCAUCAUGUGUCUCGACAUGCACGCGGACCACCCCUACCUGGUGGUGGUGGGCCACUACGACGGUAACGUGGCCGUUUACAACCUCAAGAAGCCCCACUCCCAGCCUUCCUUCCGCAGCUCAGCCAAGUCUGGCAAGCACACGGACCCUGUGUGGCAGGUCAGGUGGCAGAAGGAUGACAUGGACAACAACCUCAACUUCUUCUCUGUGUCAUCUGACGGCAGGAUUGUGUCUUGGACGCUCUUGAAGAGCGAGCUGGUUCACACAGAUGUCAUCAAGCUGAAGGCGGAGGGCAACACCACGGAUGGUCUCGAUGGGUUGCAGCUACACACAGUGGGCUGUGGCACCGCCUUUGACUUCCACAAAGAGAUUGACUAUAUGUUCCUAGUGGGCACAGAGGAGGGAAAGAUCUACAAGUGCUCUAAAUCUUACUCCAGCAAAUUCCUUGACACCUAUGAUGCCCACAACAUGGCAGUGGACGCUGUGUCCUGGAAUCCAUACCACACCAAGGUCUUCAUGUCCUGCAGCUCUGACUGGACCGUGAAGAUCUGGGACCACACCAUCAAGACUCCGAUGUUCAUCUAUGAUCUAAAUUCAGCUGUGGGCGAUGUGGCCUGGGCACCUUACUCUUCUACUGUGUUUGCAGCAGUCACCACCAACGGGAAGACCCAUGUGUUUGACUUGUCCAUCAACAAGUAUGAGGCCAUCUGCAACCAGCCCGUGGUGGCCAAAAAGAAGAACAAGAUCACCCAUGUGCAGUUCAAUCCUAUCCACCCCAUCAUCAUUGUGGGUGAUGACCGUGGGCACGUCAUUUGCCUCAAGCUCUCACCCAACUUGCGCAAGACGCCAAAGGAAAAGAAGGGGCAGGAGGUACAGAAGGGUCCAGCUGUGGAGAUCGCAAAAUUGGAUAAACUGCUGAACCUGGUGAGGGAAGUGAAAACCAAGACCUGAGGGCCUAGCCUCAGUCCCUGUCCCAUUUUUUGAACCCAGUACUUGUAACCCCUGACCCUGGUACCCAAGCCCAGCCUUAGUACCCAGUAUGUGACCCCCACCCCUGAUCAGGUCCCAGAAUCUACCAUCAGCACUCUACUUCGGCCCUGGUCCCAGCACCUCACCCCAGGACUUGGCCCUCAACCAUUAUCCCAUCCUACUUUGCACAAAUAAACCGGUGUCUGGAAACUCACC